CGACGCUGCGUUGCUGACUUGUCGAUCGAACAUACAGUUUGACAGGGUUACGAUAAUCCACCGCGGUCCUUACUUCACUCUUGUUGCCAUCAUACCGAGUGUCCACCGUACGCUAGGGACAGUUGGAAAUGCAGCCCCGGCCCUUUCCGCUAGAUCGCAACAAGGCCGACGCAGCUGGCAGUAACCUCGUUCCAGGCGGGCUGGGGCGCCGUCGCGCACUCGUCUCCGCCGCCCCGCCAACCACCGUAUCCCAACAACCCUAUCUCAACUCACUCGUCUCCUUCCGCGUCCUCACCCCCGGCUCGCUUAGCAGCUGUCGCACAGAGUUCAAACCCUCCCGCACGCGUCCUUCACAAGCGAGGACGGGCUCUCUCACGACAGCCUGCGCAAGAGGGCGGACGGAGCAUGCGUCGCUGCCUCGUUAUCGCGCCACAGCGUGGUCUCGCACCAUGCGCACAGAAGACACUCGUUAUGGAGAGCCCUGCACGGUGGGGACGUGUAAGUAGGUGCGUCCGGUGAGCACGGUGGGCCUGCGAAGCCAGCUGCGUUCGUCGCUUUCCUUGCCGGCGCUUGGACGCCACCUCGUCGAGACCGCAGCCGCCCUGGGAA